AUGGCAUACAAAUUAGUGGUCAUGGGCAGCUGUGGCGUGGGCAAGAGUGCACUGACCAACCGCUUCUUCCAGAAACAACUUGUGACUGACUACACGUCCAGUGCUCUAGACUUGUACCAGAUUGUGGUGGUGGUGGAUGGGGAUCCUUGUCAGUUGAUCAUCUGGGACAGUCUAGGAGGUGAGCAGCAGUAUGACCAGUGGGAGGCCUUCAUGCGCUGGGGGGACGGCUUCCUCUGUGUCUAUGCUGUUGAUUAUAUCAAGACCUUUGUAGAUCUGAACCUCUUCUGGGACAAGCUUCAAGAGAUUAAGGGUACCAGCCGGGUGCCCAUGGUGCUGGUGGCCAACAAAACUGACCAAGCACACUGGCUGGUGGACUCAGACUUGGGUCAAGAAGCAGCCAAGAAUUUUGGGGUGCCCUUUGUGGAGACCUCGGCCAAGACUGGUCAGAACGUGGAACACGCUUUUCAUCAGCUGGUCCGCCAGAUUCGCAGGGUGCGGGCUGAGGUGCUCCCUGAUGCUGAGCAGAACCGGGGCUGUGGGUUCAAGUAUUGCACCAUCAUGUGA